ACAAGCCAACCUUUUUUUUUUAGAGAUUUGACGUGAAGGUGAAGUUUCACAGUCAACUUUACUGUUCAGAUUUAUUUUUGCUUUUCUCAGUUAUUUAACAACGUUAAAAUAAUUAUUUGUUUGAUUAAUUUACUCGUGGCGUUAAACUGUUGCUAAGUAACAGUGUAAACAAAGGAAACAACGGGACACAAACGUUUUGGCUGUUUAGACUGUACAUUGAUACAAAGAGUUAAUUCGUUGUUUUUUUUCUAUUUAUCGAGUGAAAACGGCUAAAAACAUGGACACUGAAUCAAGCUCGUCGGACGAUGAGUACACCUUGCAGGAGAUGUUACUCGAGCAACACACCUCAAAAGAAAAGUACGCUCUGCACAAUUACAACCUUGGGAAUCUGGAUCACAGAGAGCACAUCAGUUUACAGCUGGAAUUCAAAAACUUGAUUAAGAUGGAUUUCCUACAUGAUUUUACAUCGCUGAUAAGGUUGGAUCUCAAUAACAAUAUCAUACAGAAGAUAUGGGGCCUGGAACGUCUGACUAAUCUGACUUGGCUUAAUCUGUCAUUUAACAAGAUCGAGGACAUUGAGGGUUUGGACUCCCUGCGGAAGCUUGAAUUGCUGAAUUUGGCCUACAACAAAAUCUCUGUCAUCAAGAACAUGGAUACACUUGAGAACCUUACUCACUUCUUCAUUUCAAAAAACCAAAUCACACACAAGGAAUGUGUGCACUACCUCAUGAGAUUUAAAAAGUUGUUCAAACUCUCCAUCGGUGGGAAUCCUUUCACUGAGAAGGACGAUCACGCGCUUUAUGUUGCUGCCUUUAUUCCAAAUGUGACCCUCUUAGACAACAUUUUAAUUCGCCCAAAGAUGCGAGAGGAGGCUGCCAUCAAGUACAAAUUUGAGCUUAAGAAGUUCCUUGAGUCACAGACCGUUCAGGAAAAAACAGAAGAAGAUGCAGGCGUGGACAGUGCUGCGCCAGUUACGUCAGCAGACGAAGCAGAGGCAACGAGGCGAGACAGCCUUCCAGAAACUCCUCCCACACAGACAUCUCAGAGCAAAAUUGCGGAGCUGUGCUCACAAAUAUUUGCUAUAGACUCAGAUGAGUACAAACAACUGGAGACAGAGUUGAACUCUUUCUUCACUGGCCAGACUGAAACUGAAGCUCACUAUCAGCAGAGGGCGUCACAGAUGCUUGCAGUCUUCGAUGAGCAGCACACAAUGAGGAUAAAAGAUAUAAAGAAAAUACAAGACCCCGAUCUGCACCGUAUCAAAAUCAUCGACUUAAGAAAUUUAACUUCCCAGCUGUUUAAAGAUCUCAUGGCUCUGGAGUUUGAGUUUGUCAAAAAUAUGGAUGACAACAUCAUACUGCUAGACAGCUUCAUCUCAGACAUGUUGUCUACAGACUUUGAUUCACCCAGUCAAGUUGAGACCCCGGAGACCAUCGGUGACACAGAAAAUCAAAUGGAUACGCAAGUUAAUGACUCGAAAGAAGCUCUCAUCACCCAAAUUCAGGAAGAGGAGGAAAGGAGGAACCGUGUGCGCAUCUCAGACAUCUACCGAUAUUAUGACUUUUUGAUGAAAACUGUGGAGGAGUUGGAAUGAAAUUUUGCUAUAUUUCACUGACAGCAUCUGCACUGUUACGAUAAUUAGCAGAUAAUAUGUGUACAUCUAUUUACUUUUCCAUGUUUUACGUAAAAUAUAUAUAUAAAUAUGUCUAUAUAAAGAUACAAAAAUGUCAUGUUUUAUGCAUGAUUUACUUUAUUUAAAAUUAUUAAAUUAAUAAAUUGAAAAUGUAGAAUGCAUAUUCAGCCCCCUGUACACUGAUUCUACUAAAUAAAA